CCGCGUCCUCCCAUUGCUCCGCCGACGCCCCCACGGGGCCCCCUCUGGGGGGGCUGCCCCGCGGCGCUGCCCCGUGGACACGUUCUGCGUGAAGCUGUUGCUGGUGCUCGAGGGCCAGGGCGCCGCGGAGCUCAGGCACCUGUGGCCGCGCUUGGCCCGCUGCCUGCACCUGCCGGCGCCCCACGCCCGCGCGCUGCUCCUCGCGGUGAGGUGCCUGGCGCUGCCUGGCGGCGGCAGCGAGCCACCGCUGUUGCAGUCGCCGGCGCCCGCCGCCGCCGCCCCGGACCCACAGGAGGGCGUUGCUGCCAUUGACGGCGCGGAGAUUGCGGAAGCGAUCUGCACUCUGGCCGGCCACGCCGACGAGACCGUGCGCGUCGAGGCCCUCGCCGCGCUGCGGCAGCUGGAGUCGGCAGGCGUGCCGGCGCGCAGGCGCGAGCUCGACUCCAUCGGGGCGCGCCUGGUGGGGAGAGACGCGCCCGCCACCGCGCUCACGGUUGCCGCCGUCUGGGCCUGGCUGCGGCGCCGGGCGCCUCCGGCCGCCGCCUGGGACGCCGCCGAGCCCCUGGCGGCAAAGGUGCAGCGGCUGAUCGCGCAGCCCGAUACGGCUGCUGCAGAGAGGCUCGCCGAGGGCCUCGCCGUCGGAACGCCGCCUGGCUCUUGGUACGGCAGCGGCCCCCUGCUGUGUGCCGCCUUGCUGAUCCUGGAAGAGGCUGACGAUGAGGCGCUGUGGCUGCGGUUCCUGACUGACUUCCGGCUGCUCCUCGGCUGCGCUGGCGCGGACACGGGGUGUUGGUGGGACGAGCUGAAGCUCUGCCACCACGUCUGGCACCCCAGGCUCCUGAACUUCUUGGCCCGAAGCUGCGCUCAGGACGCGGCCUUCAGCGCGGCUGCCAAGCUGCACACCACCGUCGCCUCGGGGGCGCUCGCGCUGGACCCGGAGGCGUGGAGGCUGCUGGAGGGCGCGGCGUGCUGGGCCCGCGGCGGCGGGGAGGGGCGCGCGCUGGUGUGCCGCGCGCUGCUGGCGCAGCUGUUCGAGGCGGUCGGCGGUUCCUUCGGGGUGCAGCUGCGCGACGCGGCCAGCAGCGCGGCGCAUCCGCUGGCCUCCAACCUGGUGCGGCUGGCGCCCGUGCUGCACGACCUCCUGCUGCCCCCCGCGGCGGCGGCCGGAGAUGCCCCAUCGCCGCCCAGUCUGCCAGAGACGCUGGCGCCGCCGUUCGCGAAGGGCGGCGUAGGGCGCCUGCACCCCUCGACGCUGCGCCUG